CGAAAAUGGAAGGUAUUCCCAAAAUCAAUAAUGAAAUUGAAGUUCCCCAAAACAUGACUGGAGAGAGCAAGGAUUCAUUUAUUUUGCAUCAGAAAGAAGUAGAAAUUUGACAGGAAAACUUUAUAAUGUUGAAUACCAUCAUAGAGAAUUUUAAUAAUGAUAAGUUGAGAAAAGAGUAAAAAUUUUAAAUCAAGCCAAUGUAAUGCUUAUCCCCAUUAAUCAGUUUUUCUGUCUUCUCUAGCUUGUUAACCCCUCUUAAAGCAAGAAUUUUAUGGAUAUCGAAACCUCACAGAUGGAACAUCUAAAUUUUCAAAGAUCGACUCCGCAAUAUUCAAGAUAGGAAAUCCUCAACGUAAUACUAUGAAUAAAUCGGGUUCAUUCUCGUUUCCAAAACUUGCUCGGCUGGAUAUCGGAAAUAUGAGGAAUUCUGAUAAAAAUUUGACCAAAAUACUUCUGAAUUUGAAAGUUGAAGAGGUAUCAAUAGUCUCUUUUGAGAGUGCAUUAUUUCUACAAAGGAUUGGCAAAUGUCUACCCUAUAUCUCUCGGUUUAGUUGCAAGGUAGAGCUAGUUGUAACUAUACAGAAGUUUAAGAUAAGUGCCCUCCAAAUGGGUAGACUACUAUCUGCAUGCAGGCAUGUAAAGCAAUUAGAGAUUCAGGAAUGAAGUGUGGCGUGCUUCUAUAUUCCUAACUUUUUCAAUGCCCUGGUAGAUACAAAAAUUAAGGUUCUUGAUUUUAUCUUACUGGAGGAUAUAACUUCAGCAACUGGAAAACUUACUCUCAUGAGUUUGAAAACUUGAUUUCUGCUUUAGGAAAUACUCAUCUGAGCUACAGUCUCGAAGCGAUAUAUUUAGAAUGAUCAGAACUUGUUGAAACCUAUGUGCGAAAAGUCCUUGAUGAUUCUGGGCUAUCUAAUGUCCUCCCAAAGGGGUGAGUCAAUGUUCAGAAGUUCUCUUCCAGCUCAGAAAGCGAUGAUAGUUCUGAUGAUGAUUACUAAAUAUUUGUCUCAUAUUAGGAUAUACCUAAAC